CAGCUCACCAAGCUAGCCCACAUCCUCACUGCUCAGCUCCAGUCGGGUAUCUCGCUCCUUGUUAGCAUGUCCUGAUAAGCUAAUCUUUUCUGUGUCUCUUUUUUUUUUUUGUCGUCGCAGCCACAAUGGUGAAGCAAUAGCAUGACACCCAUUGUAAGUGUACAGUUUUGAGCUCAGCUCGAGCAUGGCGGACCGUAAGGGAAAACCUGUCACUCCAGUUAAAACACUCAGGAAGAAGGAACUAGAUGUGCUCAAGAAAAAGGAGGAAGAAAAAGCAGCGGAGGUUUUCGAGGAGUUCUUGGCAUCGUUUGAGAGCAGCAAGAAAGGCAGAGCCAAGACCUUUGUUCGUGGGGGAAUCGUGAACGCAACUAAAGCAGAGGAAGCAGAGGAGGUCAAGAAAAGCAAGCUGUAUCAACCUUCUACCAAGUUGUUCUCUGUGGCCCAGCAUGUCUCACCAGUGUCAUCUGCUGAAAGCAAAAAGUCUACGUUCAAAAGAAGGACAGAAGAGAAGAAGAAGAGUAAUCUCGAACUCUUCAAAGAAGAACUUAAGCUAAUACAAGAAGAGCGAGAGGAAAGGCAUAAAAGAAAGAAAAAUGACCCAGGUGGAGGUGGAGCAGGAGGAGGAGGAGGAGCUGCAUAUGGAGAUCUGGACAUACCACUGUCAGGACGAUCAACGUUAUAUGAUGACCUAACUGUGCCAACCACCACUAACCUCUACAUUAGCUGCAUUAGCCCAAAGAUGAACGAGGAGAUGCUCUGCAAAGAGUUUGGCAAGUACGGGCCCUUGGCCAGCGUGAAGAUCAUGUGGCCCCGAACAGACGAGGAGCGCUGCAGGACGUCCAACAGAGCCUUUGUGGCUUUCAUGACGCGGAAAGACGCAGAAAGGGCCCUGGCUGCACUCGACGGUAAAGUUAUUAUGGGGUUUGAGAUGAAGCUGGGCUGGGGCAAACCAGCUCGCAUUCCACCUCAGCCUCUCUACACACCGGUGGGGGUGCGGGCCACGCCGCCACCCCCGUCCGGGCUGCCGUUCAACGCUCAGCCGAGGGAUCGCUUCCGCAAUGACUUCACCAAGCCACUGGGCAUGUCCAAAGGAGAUCUCGACAAGACUCUGUCCGAAGCCGUAGUCAAAGUGGUUAUCCCAACCGAAAGGAAUCUAUUAUUCCUCAUACACAGGAUGAUAGAGUUUGUGGUGCGUGAAGGCCACGUAUUUGAAGCUGUAAUAAUGGACAAGGAGAAAAACAAUCCAGAUUAUAGGUUUCUUUUUGACAACAAAAGCCAAGAUCACGUGUACUAUCGUUGGAAGCUGUUCUCCAUCCUGCAGGGAGAGUCCCCGACAGAGUGGAGGUCAACAGAUUUCCGUAUGUUCCGGGGAGGCUCCUUAUGGAGACCCCCCAUCCUAAACAACUACUCUCACAGAGGUGAAGAUAAGGCUGAGGUGGAGGAGGACGCCCCCCCUGAGGAGGAGGUGAAGAAAGGGCAGCUCAGAUCUGAGCACAGACAGAGACUGGAGACAAUCCUUACAGAGCUCACGCCGAGCAGAGAAGAUAUUGCCAACGCCAUGCUGUUCUGUCUGGAGCGAGCGGAUGCUGCAGAGGAAGUCGUGGGAAACAUCACUGAAUCUUUUUCCUUGCUUCAGACGCCUCUUCAGAAGAAGAUUGCCAGAUUGUAUCUCGUGUCAGACAUCUUGCACAACUCGUGUGCCAAAGUAGCCGGUGCAUCAUAUUAUCGUAAAUAUUUUGAACCCAAGCUCACACAGAUAUUUGAAGGCCUUAACGCGGCACACAAAAACAUACAAGCCAGGCUGCAGGCUGAGCAGUUUAAGCAAAAGGUCAUGAGUUGUUUUCGAGCAUGGGAAGACUGGGCCAUCUACCCGGAGCCUUAUCUCAUCCACCUUCAGAACGUCUUUCUGGGCUACGCCAAAGCUGUGGAGGAGCCGACCGAGACGGCAGAGGUAGUGUCAUUUGAUCUCGACGGUGCGCCGAUGGACAGCACACCUAUAGACGGGUUACCUUUGGACAGAGCUCCUGAAGAUGACCUGGACGGCUGCCCCAUGGGCUGGGGGCCCCUGGAUGGAGUCUCUGCUGAUGACAUAGACGGUGUUCCCUUAGGAGUCGCCGUUGAUGACAUUGACGGAAUGCCCUUAGAUGAGAGCAACGUUCGUCUCUCUGGAGUGCCUUUGUCUAAGUGGGAGACAACAGGUGAUGUUGGGACAUUUUCUCAAGCCAAGACUGAGUCGAAGUGGAACAUGGUGGUGCAGCAGGACAGUGAAGAUGAAGUGAACGCAAGCGUCAAAUCACAGGACGGGGGCGAGGACUCAGAGAGCGACAGUAGCGAUGACUCCUGCAGUUCGUCCAAAUUUGAAAGUGCGGACUUCCAGAGCUCGCUCAGAAGUUUUCAGAUGUCUGAGAGCAAAAGGAAAAGGUUGAGAGAGCUGGAGGUAAAGGUUAUGAAGAUCCAGGAUGAACUGGAAUCUGGCAAGAGGUCGAGGAAGACUGGAAUGAGCCUCCAACAACAAGUGGAGCACUACAGGAACAAACUGCUACAGAAGGAGUUUGAAAAAGAUGACAAGAAUGAGACACUGACAUCAAAAUCUAAAGACAAGUCAAAGGAUGACAGAAGGGAGAAAGAGAGGAGCAGAAGAAACGAUGACGGGGACAGAAGGCGACAGCGGAGUAGAGAUCCUGAUGACCACACCCGGAAAUCGAGAAGCAUCUCUCCCUUGAAGACAAGGUCUCCGAAGUGGUCCAAACGUUCCCGAUCCCCUUCACCAAACCGGAAAGCGGGCAAGUCCAGGUCACGGUCGCCGCAUCGCUCCCACAAGAAGGCGAAGAAGAGCAAACAUUGACUCUCACCUCUGGACCUUGUCAUGCAUUGGUCUGCUGGCAUGUCCCAACUCCAACUCUCCAUGCAAGAUUCAGUACCCUUUUGUAUAAUAAAAGUUUGGACACUGUAACUAAUUAUAUAUAUUUUUGUUUUAAUGUUUGUUUUUAAAAUGAUAACCACAAAUGUUGCCGCAAAGCUCUGACACUAAAUAAAUCACUGCUGGUGAUAA